AUGAUUUCAUCAAACCAUGAAGCCCAGGAUGUGUGCGACUACUGGGGUUACAAGUUCGAAUGGACCGAUCUUCAUCGACCAGCGGAACAGCUACGUCCGCUGAUGUUCACUUACGACAAGCUUGCAGAUGACUGUCUUCAAAGGCUAAAUGAAAUCUCACCUGUACCUCGUCGAGACACUACUAAGAACGAAGAAUCGACGUCCACACCAGCAAAGAGAGACCUAUACGUUUUGCUAGAAAAGCAUCAUGAUGAUGAUCUCAAGAUCAAAGAAUUCUGGGACGAGAUCAACACCAUUCCUGACUGGGUUGACUGGGAACAGAUUAAGAGAGGACAAGAAGUAUUCUACCGUUAUGGAAUGCCAGUGCUCAACGUGCUUACUUUUCAGAGUUUAUUGGGCGGAAUGGGUUCUGGACGCGUCGUCGAAACUUUAGCAAGGACUGGAGGAUUCUCCGCGGAUGUCGCACGACGCAGGAUGCUGGAGACUCUUCAACACGUUCUUCAGGUCGUCGGGUCUGUGGAUUCCAUGAGACCAGGAAGAGCUGGUCACGCCUCAUCUGUUCGGGUGCGGUUGCUUCACGCUGCUGUCCGUUCACGAAUAUUGCACCUGGUCAAGAACAAGCCUGAAUAUUACGAUGUUGACAACUUCGGCAUUCCUAUUAAUGACCUUGAUUGCAUAGCCACUAUCAAUACCUUUUCGACAAGCGUAAUCUGGAUUGGAUUGCCUCGGCAGGGUAUCUUGCUGCGAGAGCGAGAGAUUGAUGACUACCUCGCCCUGUGGCGGCUGGUGGCGUACUAUAUGGGCACACCGCAUGAGUUCCUCGAGACGAGGGCUAAGGGAAAAGCCAUGAUGGAAUCCCUCCUCGCGUCGGAAAUAGAUCCCACCGAAAUGAGUAAGAUUUUGGCGCAGAACAUCAUCUUGAGUCUUGAAGACACCGCUCCCACUUAUGCAUCCAAGAAGUUUAUGGAGGCCAUGGUUCGGCACCUCAAUGGCAAGCAGCUGUCUGACGAGCUCGAUAUUCCGCGGCCCAACCUCUAUUACCAGGCGCUCGUAUAUGGGUACUGCGUUGUCGUGAUGUGGUUUGCUUACACUUUCAGAUUGUUUCCGCCUAUUGAUCAAGCAAUGAUCAAGUUUCGUCGCAGGAAAUACUAUAAGCUAAUCAAUGACAAGGACGAAGGGCUCGGGGGGGAGACAUUCUUCGAAUUCAAAUAUGUGCCUUUCUACACUCGUACCACACGACUGGGGAAACGCAAAUCACCAAAGCGGAUCAAGCGUGGGGUAGAGUAUCUGGCGCUUAUGGGUCUUCUGUUUGCCAUUGUUGCUGCUGGCGCACUGUUGGGCAGCAUUUUGCACUUACUAAAUAAACUACACCGUUCCUAA